CUAAAUGUAUUCAUUGAAUGUCAUAUGUGUACAAUAUUUGAAAACUGUGUAAUGCAGAACGCAACAUACAGGUCAUACAUUGUACUAUAGCGCCCUUGUGUGGUAAGAAUUGGAAUUGUUACAGCAACCAAUGUGAGCCUGAGCUGACAUAAAGGUUAGCCUACCCAGCAUGCCCCGCUUGCCCGUGACCACUUAUUCAAAACAUGGAGGAAAGGGAAAGAAAAAAAAUAAACACCACUGAAUAUGAUGACAGGGAAGAAGCAUCGACAUCAAAUCCAACUACACACCCUACACGUAAAGAUGAGUCGCAUUUGCGUGGCAACACGGAAGAAGAGGACAGUGUCAAAUUGGACAUUUGUUCCGAUACUUUUGACCCAUUGCUGGCCCUAUACUCUCCAACAGUAACUCUUCCGUUCCCAAACAUAAAGUGUUUCAACAAUGUCUCCGCAUACGAAAGCUUUCUGAAAGGUGGCAGAGGGAGGGCCAAGCCCGAGAAUGUUGAGAAAAAGCUGCGGAAGGCGAUGGAAGGGGUGGUGGAUCCUGAGCGCAUCAAGAGGCUGAAGGACCUCAUGGUGUGUAACGUGCCGAAAGAAGGGGAGACCAGUGCCCCUCCACGGCGGAAACAGAAGACCCACAAAAAUGUUGUCUCAAGGAUGCAACUUAACAAGGGGAGCCCAUUGGGUGAGCUGUACCGCUGUGUCGAAGAGAGGAUACGUGUCAAAGUCCACAUCAGGAGCUUCAAGGGGCUCCGUGGAUUGUGUUCUGGCUUUGUGGUAGCCUUUGACAAGUUCUGGAACCUGGCGAUGGUGGACGUAGACGAGACGUACAGAGACCCACUACUUGGAGAAGCCUUGUAUCACGAAAAAGCACUGACAAUUACACGGCUCUUUGAGAAGCUCAAACUCCAGGAGAGCUCAGAGGAGUCGUCAAGAACAGGUAAAGGCAAGGGGAAGAGCGUUCAACCCCCCCAACCUGGCGGUGGGUGCAGCACGGACCAGCAGCGGCUAUCAAGGCGCACCAGCCGGUUCUCAGAGGCGAAGCCUGGAGCCACGGAGGCAAAGGCCGGUGGUGCUGGGGGCACCAAGGCUCAGGGGAAGGCCCCCCAUCCUUACGGCAAGGUCCACACGCGCCACAUCAACCAGCUGUUUAUACGAGGGGAGAACGUGCUCCUCAUCAACCUCCAGCCCCUCUGAUAUGCCUCGCCCCCCUGGGGUUACAGAGCACUGCUGCGGGCUAUUGCAUGAACUGUUCACAUGCGACCUGUAACCGCAGGGUGCAUGGUCUGACAUGAGGGUCUCGGGGGUUCGGGAAAAUAAAGGAAUGCCCUACAGACUUGUAAUAUCAUAUUGAUAUAAAUUGCUCUGUUGCCCCGAAAGAUAAUUUUGAAACAGUAAUAAAUUCAGGAUGCUUCUCAUAGCCAUAUCGUGGGUUGUUUGAUUGCCAUCAUAUAGGAAACAUAAUGUGUAUCUAAAAGGGUUUCUAAAUCGUGUAAUGUUUUUUCACCGGCAGGUGGCAGUGUAAACACAGAAGCCAUGUGUGAGGCCAUUGUCAUCCCAAAAGAUGCUUGUCCCUUUAUGUUGUCUUUCUCCGCUAGUUUGAACAGGAAUGACAGCGCAGUCUCAGCGGACUUCAUAAAUGCAUUAUGAAUAAUUGAGUUUGUGAAGCUAGAGAUUGCAGAUGGCACUCAGAAGCUGUCAUUUGUCUUGACGUCUCAGAUUGCCUUUACUCUUUAAUGGGCACAUUAACCAUAAAAGCAGGAUUUACUGCAACUCAUGGAAGUUGUAAAGAUGCAGCUCUUGUAUAAACGCCAUGGGCUGCUUUUGGAAGACGAGUCAGAAUGGUGUGUCUGUAUACAUCCCCGUUGUCUAUACUGCACCACAUGAAUUAGAUCACAUUUAUCAUGUAAUGUAUAAUUGUGCUGAUAAAUUGAUUGAAAUCAAA